AUGAAAGAGGGAGUUACCUCAGUGGGUGUUGGUGAAAGAGGAAUGACUACAAUGGGCUCAAAUCAAAAUUUCGACAUCAUCAUCAUCAUCAUCAUCAUCAUCAUUCUCAGAGGUGUUAAGGGGUGCCCCCACGUGUGGCUGUAUGGGUGCACCCACGUUUGUCUCUAUGAUACCCCACGUGUGUGUUUAUCGGUGCCUCACGUGUGUCUCUGGGUGCCUCCACGUGUGUCUGUGUAUAAACCCCCAUGUGUGUUUGUAUGGGUGCCCCCACGAGUGUGUUUAUGGUUGCCCGCAGGUGUUUCUCUAUGGACGCCCCCACGUUUAGCUGUAUGGGUGCCCACACGUGUGUCUGUAUACGUGCCCAAGUGUGUUUGUAAGAGUGCCCUCAUGUGUCUGUGUAUAUGUGCCCCCUCUGAUCGUGUGUCUGUAUGUGUGCCUCUAUGUGCGUCUUUAUGCGUGCCCCUACGUGUGACUGUAUGUAGCCCCCUAUGUGUGGCACUAUGUGUGUCUGUAUGUGUGCCCCCAUGUGUGUCUGUAUGUGUGCCUCUAUGUGUGUCUGUAGGGUUGCACCCACGUGUGUCUGUAUACGUGCCCCAAAAGUGGGUGACCCACGUUUGGCUAAAUGGGUGCCCCCACGUGUGUCUGUAUACGUGCCCCAAGUGUGUUUGUGUGGGUGCCCUCAUGUGUGUGUAUAUGUGCUCUCUCUGA